AUGGGGAGAAUUGAGAAGCUGCCUGGCUCGAAGCACGAGCCUACCAAGUCUGCUGCUUUACGAGCUUUUGCUGAAUCCGCGAAUACUAUUCCGAUACCUGAAUUACCUAAGCACCUAUCGAGUUUUCCCCGCCGAUGGCCGUUCCCGAGAGGAGAUCUUUACAACUGGAUUCACGUACUCAAUCGAUUUGAUGACAUACUAGCUCGAGUAAUUAGUCAAUAUGGUCUUGACAAAGGGCCUCAGACAGUCCCUUUUGAUCGGAGAUUUCUUAUUGACGAGUAUGUUGCUGCUGAAGUAGCACCAACUAAGGAAGAGUGUGUAGCCAAACUAGAUACUCUUGGGUUUGGAAUCGAAGGCGAUAGAGAAUUAGUGGAGUCAAUACUAGACUUCUCACGGCUGCUCCUAGAAAAAUGUGGGAACCGGAGUUUGUACAACAGUAGUGAGCGAUUGAACGACCUUUUAUACACGUCCUCGCUUUCUAUGCUCCAAUGUACUCUUCGAAUUGGUGUCUGUCUAGCACAACGAUACUAUUCCAGACAACGAACGACCAACAGCUCCCAUUUUCACCAGAGCCUCUUGACGACCCAUUAUAAUAUCGAACUAGAGCGUGUUCAGAAGCUUGCUGCGCCCUUUCCUCGUCCACAAUUUUCCGGAAAGCCUACAGAUGUUCUGGGGUCUGGAAAAGGCAAAGAAAAGGCACAUUCUCAUACGGUGUCGUCGGGGAGCUGCAACGCCAAUAAUUUAAUCAGCUUGACCCGAGAUGUCACGCCCGAGAAGCCGGAGAGUGAGAUUCUCCCUGACAAUGGCGUUGGAACUAGCGACUGGGAGGGCUGGGGCAAUGUUCGCCUAUCUUACUAUCUCAGAGAUCCAGAACAUGUUCAAGAAUCCUCUGGGCUGGGAAGUCGGGUACAAAGCUCCCAAGUUCCCAUGACCCCCACCCCUAUCCGCCGACAUUCUGGAAACAUAGGUUCUAGGUUUGGCCGCGACUCCACUUUGAUAGAAUCCCCCUCCGUUAUCUCACCAUCGCCAACCACGAAGACUGAUGAUGUUUCGCGUGGAAUGACUGUAUUAGAGCUAUCAAGUUUUGAGAUAGUGUCCCGUGGAAUAGAAGAAGUGGUGAAGCAAUACGGAGAAAAUCUCCCUAAAGACUCGACAUAUGAACUAUUAAACCGUGUGCGCAUAGCAUAUGCACUUGCAAAGUCUUUUGAGACAAGACAGCAGAUCCUUGCUAUUAGGAUUCUGGCAAUCACCAAUUUAGCAUACAUUUAUCCGGAAUCCAUGUUUCAACAGAAGAUAUUGCAGCAAGACUCGGAUGAACCUAAACGUCUUCAAAUCGCUUAUCAGCUUGCAGAGUUUGUACACCUCGGCGUCGCUGGUGAUAUUAGUGCUUCUGGACUUAAUCAAACUUUCGCUCUUGGCUGCCUUGAUGCUCUGGCUCGACAUAAAUCCAAAGCUGCAGAUAUUUGUGCUGCGCUUAAUGUCAAUGUAAACCAUGGAAUUUUGAUGUUUGUCAUUCGUAAAACUGUCUCAGAUCUCGGUACAAGCGACGAAGAUGACGAUAAUUAUGACAGCGACGACUGGCGGGAUGCCCUAUUUUCACUGCUGCGGACACUUCCGAACUCUGGAGCCAGGACGCCUGAGACUCUGGUUUCAGCCGGUUUGAUUCCGAUGUUGGUUGAUAUUCUCAACCUUCGAACUGAGAAGGCCCGCCGUGUGUACCCUAGGGUAAUGGAGUUCCUCGACACUUACGUCCACCCUGUCCGAGACUCUUUGGCGACAUUGGCAUCUGCCCGUGGGUUUGAUGCUUUAUCUAACCUCAUUUCGUUUGAGUCUAAGUCGGCCUUCGACCUCGUCCAAGAAGGCAGAGGAAUUCCCGAGGAAUAUAAAACUGCGCUUACUGACUAUCGGAUACCUUACCUCCAUCAACAGUCACUGCGGUGGCUGUUCAAAUUCGUCAAUCAUGUUAUGCAGCACAACACCAGUGGGUUUGAGCGUCUGCUCCGGAAUUUGAUUGAUUCACCGCCCUUGUUAGAGGCCCUUCGUUUGGUACUGGAACAUUCAAAUGUUUUUGGCUCACAUGUUUGGAGUGGGGCUGUGAAUGUCAUGGCUCAUUUCAUCCACAACGAACCAACCAGUUAUGCAGUGAUCGCCGAAGCUGGGUUGAGCAAAUCGCUAUUAGAAGCUAUUACCGCUUCUCCUAUGAAAGUCCAGCCUACAGAAGAUGGCAAAAAUUCCCCCUAUUUUCUUCCUUCUGAUACCGAGGCGGAUCCAAAAGCUCUUGUCACUCAGCUAAUCACCUCACCAACGUCUAAAGGAUCGGAUGGUAUCUUGCCUUCUUCUGAGGCGAUUAUCUGCAUACCCCUCGCAUUUAGCGCUAUAUGCUUAAAUUCAACUGGCUUGGAGCUAUUCGAAUCUUCAAGUGCCCUAGACAGAUUCUUCGAUGUUUUCGAAAAUCCUGCCCACGUAAAGUGCAUGAAAGGUGACCCCAACCUUCUUCGAGCCCUAGGCAGCUCGUUUGACGAGCUUGUAAGGCAUCACCCACGCUUAAAGAAACCAGUGACUAGUGCAAUUAUACGUAUGGUUGCAAGAAUGCGCAUUCUCAUGGCCACUAAAGCUUGGGAGCACGGCGCUGGUGUGAAGCUGUGGUACGAUGAAGGUGAUAAAAAGCUGUUCUCUGGUGGCUUAGCAUCUGUUGUCACCGAGGUUGGCGCCCCAUUUACCCAGGAUCUUGAGGCUCUGCGGGCCUCAGCGAUAACUUACAUGGGUGAAAUGGGGCCUUCCGCGAAUGACCUACCUGCACAUUCCUAUGGAGAUGUGAUCGGGGGCCCCCAUGUGCAACAAUGGAUGCUGACUUCUGAUGAAGACAGCGAUGGUCUCGGAGUGGUCGACUAUCUUACUCCAGUACUAGGGUUUUUGACCGCCUUCUUUGAAAACCAGAAUAUGUGCUCCAAUUUUAUCGAGUUCGGAGGGGUGGAAUAUGUACUUGAUUUUGCGACCUUACCAAGCAUUCCUUCUAGUUUUCAGAUUGGUUCAGUUUGCCCUCAGCUGUCGCAAGUCAUUAAAGUUAUGGCUGAGACGAAGCCACAUCUCGUUCUACCCUCAGUGGUUCAUCGUUCCCAAAAGGUACUUGACAGACUAAGCCCAUUUUAUGAGACGUGGCAUCCGGAUGGUUUCUUUUCUCCCUUGACUUGUGCCUCGCCUACGGAUAUUCCGGAUGAGUACGACGUGAAGCUGAAAGGUACUUACUACGUGAAACACCUUGUUGCCAUGGGUAUACACACAGAUAUCCUACGCGAAAUUUAUGCUCCCCCUGUAUAUCCUAUCCGACCCAGCCAGCAAAUCUCCCCAUUCGUCCAGACCAAUUUAGCAGAUAGAUAUGCGAAACUUGUUCAGGGUUUAGGUCGUCUUCAAGCGGCAUGCGUUUGGGAAGAGAUAAUCAUGCAAAAAAAUAUGCCAGAAGAGUGGAAUGAAGCGACAAGAAUGGGUCCCCUACCAGGGCUAAGCGAUGUUUUCGGGGGUCCUCGUACUUUUCGACCUACGCCAGCGGCCGAUAGCACUGAAUCCACGGCUGCGAAAGAGAAUUCAGAGCCACUACCGAAAGGAUCUGAAAAUUGGGCAACAUGCCACAAUACUAGGGUCCUUCGUUAUGUAGUCGGCACUUUACCGCUGGCGAUCACGGGUGUUUACCAGCUACUGGGGCAUGGCCUUACAAGUAAACGGAGAAUGGAUACGUAUCAACGUCAAAAAGCGAUGAAAGUUGCUGAAGCCAUGGCCUCUGCAAUUGCCGGCAAUCUGAGAGAAGCGAGUGACGCUGACAUGAAGGAUCGGUUCUCAUAUCUCAUCGUUAUAUUAUCCUCACUCUCACAACUAGUUUUUGAUACCGCGAAAGAUCGUCCGCAUUCGCAUUGCUUAACGAUAGUUUUGAAUGCAUUCAAGAAACUCGACGGGUUACAGACCCUGAAAGGCUUGGCCGAUAUUUUCUUGGUUCAGAUCAAGACUUUGACAAGCAAGGCAAAGGACAGUCCUAAUGAGCUGCCAGCCCAGUUAGCCCCAGUUUGUGGUUGCAUUAAGCUCAUUUUGACUUUCUUUUCAGAAAUGACGUCGGCACGUUAUAUUAUUGAUUCCGCCCAGACUCAAGCAUUGGCAACGGAAGGGCAUAGAGAUCGACCAGAUUCUUUUACGCCAUCCCAAUUUCUGGUUGAGUUGCGGAUGGAAGCGCUGCCGUUGGUUCAAAAAAUGUGGGGCUCUGAUUUUAUUGAUGAUGCAUCAAGCUCGAUGGUGAAAAGCCUCAUCGAGAUCCUCCGCUCUGUUCUAGAAGGAGAGUAUGAAACUGGAGCAUUUCGCCGCGGUGAUGUUCCUCCCAUAGCCGGAACACCUACCCCUAGAACUUUUGCUUUUCAUGUCGGUCGCCUUGGCUAUCUCACAGAAAAAGGCUACGACGAGAACCUCGUGAUGGAGGCGUUGUAUCGUUGCAACAACUCCCUAUCUUCUGCGGAAGAAUACUGUACUGCAUAUAAAGGCUUCAGGCCUCCCGCUAGGCUCCCUGUUCCCUCAUCUGAUAUUGAACCGACUUCAAGGGUGACGGGCCCCUCGCAAGCUGAGGGCCUAUUUGGCACCCCUACGCAAAGCCAAGCCGCGAGAUCCGAUGGCUCUCCGUCGUCUGCUUUUGAUGAAGCUUACGAAGGCCCAAUUGAAGCCCUUCUUGAUGUAAUACAAGGUACAUCUGUAAACCCACCCCCUCCACCACCACAACCAAGCGAUUCGACGGACUCAGAAAAUAUGCAAGAUGACCAAAUUACGGCGAACACCUCAGCUUUACAGAGUACUAGAAGAACAUCGACACCGAAGCGCCGAGAUGUGGUCACUGUCGAAGAUUUGGAUAGUGAGCGCGAGAAGGUGCGCUCCAAUUUGAUUGAAAGGUGCUUGGAAGUUUUGAAUCUUCAUCACGACGUUACUUUCGAACUUGCAGAUCUCAUAAAUGCUGCUACAAAACUCCGUGAUGUCACGUUAUUCCGCAAAGAAAUUGGAGAAACCUUGAUACAUUCUCUUAUCUCUCUUCAGAUGGAGGAGAACUUCCAGUCCGGGGGACAAAAGAUAGCUGCAUAUGCGAAUCUGCUUGCCUUGGUUCUUCAAGAUAAAAACGUCUAUGAAGCUACGUUGGACCAAUUGAAGGAAAAUUUUUCACUUCUUUUAGGUUUUAUCACAAUUCCACAGUCCAAUGCCGAGAAGUCUACAGGAGAGGCCUGCCCAUGGAUUGGCCAGGUCCUUUUGAUCCUUGAAAGAAUUCUAUCGGACGAUGAGCAACCAGAAGAAAUUUCAUGGAUAUUUCCAAAUGUAGAAAACGCUGUUCCGGACCCUCCUGAGGAGGGACAGGGGCCUUUAAUUGCAAAUGAAUCCAAGAUGGAGCUUUUUGAAUCUAUUGUGGAGAUCUUGCCGCGAAUUGGCAAAGAUGACUCUCUCGCGUUAUCCGUCUGUCGAAUUUUUGUGAUACUAACCAGAAAUCGUGAUAUUGCCAUGAAAUUGGGCGAAAAGCGGAAUCUACAACGAUUGUUUGUGAUGAUAAAGCAGCUCGCUGACUCUUCGAACGAUAAAUUGCAAAGUACCUUUCUGCUGAUUUUGCGGCAUAUUAUUGAAGACGAGGAAACAAUUCGUCAAAUUAUGCGAAACGAAAUCGUAGCGAAUUUUGAUUCCCGGUCUCCACGCCAGACUGACACAACUGCCUAUCUCCGCCAGUUUUAUCAUUUAGCUUUGAGGUCUCCAAAAAUAUUUACAGAAGUCACACAAGAAAAACUCAAGCUACCGAGAUAUGACUCACAGCAGAGGCAACAACCUCUAAUGUUGAUACCAGAUCAGAGUGAAGCAGAAUCUGAGCGAGCCGGAAGCCCAUCGGGUGAAGAGAAGGAGGGCGACCCGAGCAAAAAGGAUGAACAUUCUGCUGAACCGUUAGAGAAACCACAUGAGGAAGCAAGUCGCGUGCACGAUGAUUCGAAACUAAAACCAAAGUCUGAACUCAAGCCACCAACAGUGGAACACCCCGAUGGUGUUAUUCAUUACCUUCUUUCUGAGUUACUCUCUUAUCGAGACGUUGACGAUAAAGAAGUUCUGGCACCUUCCACGGAUAAUUCUCCUAAUCAGUCGGGGGAUGUUGAAAUGACUACAACAGACGUACCUCCAACCUCCUCAACCUCCUCAACUCCUUCACGAGCGGCAUCAGCAACUAAGAAACCAGAAAAGCCACAAUUUAAGCCCGAAGAUCACCCAAUAUACAUCUAUCGAUGUUUCCUACUUCAAUGCCUAACGGAGCUUCUUUCAUCUUACAAUCGUACGAAGGUGGAGUUUAUUAACUUCUCGCGUAAGGCUGAUCCGCUUGCUACCACGCCAUCCAAACCACGGUCUGGUGUUCUCAAUUACUUACUUCACUCCCUUAUUCCUGUUGGAACCCUGGAACAUGAUGAGUCUACAAUAUUUAAAAAGAAAAUGAAUACCUCAAACUGGGCUAUGAGAGUGGUAGUCGCACUGUGUUCUAAGACAGGCGAAUUCGGUGGAUCGAAGCGACGUCCCACAAUGGACGAAGAGGAUGAGGCCGAUUUGAUGUUCGUCCGAAGAUUUGUUCUCGAGCAUGCCCUGAGGUCCUAUAAGGAAGCGAAUGUUUCGCAAGAGCGUCUUGACGUAAAGUAUUCACGGCUUAUGUGCUUGGCUGACCUUUUUGAUAAAAUGCUGAGUGGAGCCACAACAUCCGAUGGCUCGGCACCUUAUCCAUCUUCAACUAGAUACAUUGCAAAGAUGAUGUUUGAGAAAAAUUUCAUUUCGGCGUUCACUACCUCAAUUUCGGAUAUCGAUGUUAACUUUCCAUCUUCUAAAAGAGCUGUCAAGUAUAUCCUUCGCCCGCUAAAUAAACUUACUCAGACCGCCGUCUUGCUGAGUGAGGCAGCAUCUAUCGCUGGCGUAAGUACACCAGGUGUUGCCGACGAAGAGGAGAUUUCUUCCGCAACUUCGGUAUCAGACAUAGAUGACGACCGGGAGGAAACCCCUGAUUUAUUCCGCCACUCUACCCUAGGAAUGUUCGAACCAGACCACGAAGAAGAUACAGUAAGUGAAGAGGAAGAGGACGAAGAUGAGAUGUAUGACGAUGAAUACGACGAAGAAAUGGAAUAUGAAGAGGAUAUGCCUGAAAAUGAUGGCGAGGUUGUGAGCGAUGAAGAGCUUGAUGGUCGCGGUCCAAUUGAGGGCAUUCCUGGUGAUGCUCCGAUGGAUAUUGAAGUUCUCAUUGAUAGUGGCGAAGAGGACGAAGAUGAUGACGAUGAGGAUGAAGAUGAAGAUGAAUCUUCUGAUAUGGAUGACGACGAAAUUAUGGCUGGUGAAAUCACUGGAGACCGUGACAAUGAUAGUUUGCAUGACGGUGAUGAUGAUGAUGAAUGGGAAAGUGAAGAAAUGUCCGACGGGGACGAUGUUAACGCUGAAAUUAUGGAUCAAUUGGAGGAUGAUAUGGAAGACAUUGCGCAGGGGGAUCGUCAUGGUGCGCCACCUCACUUUGACGAGUUGUUACGAGUUCUCGAAGGUACAGGGGGCACCGUUCAGCGGAUUGAUGGGGAUCUUGGUCUACAUGCUAGCAUACACGAUGAUAUGAUGGACGAUGAUGAAAUGAAUGAAGAUGAGGAUGAGGAUGAAGAUGUUGAUGAGUUGGAGGAAGAUGCUGAUGACUUUGAUGGCUUUAAUCCCUUUGACGGUGAGUGCCCUUUCGAACUACUUGCUACGCGGUACCUUGAUAUUUAUGCUUCAUUAGAUGACGAGGCGGAUAUGGCGAAUUCACCUUGGGCAUGGGUAGACGAGCUCACUCAUGCGCGCCCUCAGCGAUCCCCAUGGAAUAUUUUUGCCGGCGGGUUCACUGGCGGACGACAUGGUGGUGUUCCUGUUCCAAGUUACCGAACUCACCGCACCCAAAUUGCGGCUCCUCGAAAUGACGACGGCACAAACCCCCUCCUUCACCGCCGCGACCGUCCGACAGACCAACCAGCCAGUAAUGAAGCCUUUAGUGAUUGGGUUCAUGCAAUUGACCCUGCCAGCCAAGGUAGACUUUUGGCUGUGGACAGCCCCAUAACUUUUAUGAAUGCUAUCCUACAAGUUAUUGGCCAGGGAGGUCCCGGCUUUGGGGUUGUUACGCGCGCCGAUGGAUUCCAUCUCCAUAUUGACCGCGAUGCCACUUUACCAAGCCGCCUUCAGGACCUUCUUGGUUUAAGCAGGCCUCAUGCCACUGGCGCUCGUCCUCGCGACGACCCGGCACAAGCCGUAACUUUUAACGUGGCGACUACCACCAGCCGUUGGCAGGAAGAGGCUCGUAUUCUUUUUGGAAAUGGCUAUAUUGACAAAUGCAUGCGUGUCAUGAAUACAAUUUUCAAACUUCUUGUCCCUCCUGCGGUCGAGGAAGGCAAGCUGCGUCAAAAAGAAAUGGAGCGAAUCAAGAAGAGAGAGGAAGAACGGCAAGAAAAAGAACGCCAAGAGCGCAUUGCGAAAGAAGAAGCCGAAAAAGAGCGAAAAAGGAAAGAAGAGGAAGAGGAAGCGUUGCGACAGCAGCAGCAGGAAGCAGAACGUGUGGCGGAAGAGGGCCAUCAGGAACAUGUCGCUGACGAGCCUAUGGAUGAUGCACAAAGUAUGGUAACAUCUCAAGAGCCACAACAACAUACUGGUGAAGACUCUGCUGCAGGCCCGUCUGAAUCUCGCCCCCGUGUCCACACUACAAUCCGUGGCCGACAACUUGACAUCACGGGCAUGGAUAUUGAUCCUGAAUUCCUGGAAGCUAUUCCCGAAGAGUUCCGGGAGGAGGUCAUUAUGCAGCAGCUUGCUGAACAAAGGUCUCAUGCGGUCGCUUCUGGUGAGGAACCAAGCGAAAUCAACCCUGAAUUUCUAGAAGCCUUGCCACCAGAAAUCCGCGAAGAACUUUUGCAGCAAGAAGCGGCGGAUCGUCGUCGUCGUGAAAGAGAGACUGCUCGUCGGCAGGCUGCGGCCAAUGGAACCCCACAUGCCGAAGAAAUGGACCCGGCAAGUUUUAUUGCUACUCUAGAUCCAUCUCUCCGACAAACAGUUUUAGCAGACCAGCCUGAAGAGGUUCUAGCAGCACUUGGCCCUGAAUUUGUCGAUGAAGCCCGAGCCCUUACUGGGAGGCGCUUAACCCAAUUUGAAAUCGGACGAGCUAAUCCACGGUCUCGAGCGGAGGUGUCGCAUCAAACUGAAGGCGCAAAAAAAUCCCAGCGCAAGCAAAUAGUACAAAUGCUCGACAAAGCCGGCGUUGCCACUUUACUACGCCUCAUGUUUAUGCCCUUACAAGGAAACGCCCGACAUCACCUCAAUGAUAUAUUGCACAAUGUUUGCCAGAAUCGCCAAAAUAGAAUAGAGGUUCUAAGUUUACUCCUCUUGAUUUUACAGGAUGGAAGUGCCGACAUUUCUGCUGUUGAGCGCAGCUUCGUCCAACUGUCUCUUAGGGCAAAGACUUCCGCCACCCAAAGAACGCCUCAGUUGAAACGCACGCUAUCCACGCCCAUUCCUGGUUCAAAUGGCGAUGUCACACCUCUGGUAGUAAUCCAACAGUGCUUAGGCGCGUUAUCUUUUCUUACACAGUAUAAUCCACAUAUCGCUUGGUUCUUCCUCACAGAGCACGAAAUGCACACAGCAUUGAAGUUAAAAUCGCUCCGCAAGGGCAAAUCUAAGGAAAGCAGGGCAAAUAAAUUUGCCUUAAACUCUUUGUUAUCCCUUCUGGAUCGCAAGUCAAUAUUGGAUAGCCCAAAUUGCAUGGAGCAACUCUCUGGUCUUUUGAGUAGUAUCACACAGCCACUGACUAUCUUACUGAAGAAAGAAAAGGAGAAACAAGAGGAAGAAUCCAAGGCCAAGGAAGCUGAAGCUGCUAAGGAAAAAGAGGGUACUCGGGGUGGGGAGCCUUCCCCUGAUGAUUCAGCUCAGGGAGACACGGCAAUGACCGAUGUGGCGACUGACCAGGAACGGCUGGAUGUUGAACAGUCGAACAAAUCAGAGUCAAAGGAACCAGGCGACGAGUCAAAGCAAAAGAAACAGCGCAUUCUCGAGCCGCCUGUUGUCCCUGAAUAUAACCUUCGACUGGUUGUCCAUAUUUUAGCUGCCCGGGAAUGUAAUGGCAAAAUUUUCAGGGAAACUCUGUCAACUAUUAAUAACCUAUCCUCAGUUCCCGGUGCCAAAGAGGUUAUUGGUAAGGAAUUAGUUCAACAAGCCCAAGCCCUAAGCCGGUCUAUACUACUGGAUUUAAACGAGCUGGUUCCGUAUAUCGUCCAAGCGAAGAGUGGCACUGAUGUUCAAGGUAUGGCGCUGUCAAAGUUCUCUCCAGCGAGCUCAGAACAGGCUAAACUUCUUCGUGUCCUCACUGCCCUUGAUUACCUUUUUGACCCAGCUAGGGGAGAUAAGGAUAAGGCAAUAGGCAUUGAGGCUGGAAAGGAAGAUUUGCUCAAGGACCUAUAUGAGAGUGCCACUUUCGGACCGUUGUGGAACAAAUUAACCGAAUGUCUCACGACCAUUCGUCAAAAAGAAAAUAUGCUCAAUGUUGCGACUACAUUACUUCCGCUCAUAGAAUCGCUUAUGGUCGUUUGCAAGAAUACCACUUUACGAAAUCUUCCACUUUCUAGACACGGGCGAGAGUUUUCCGUUUCCAGCCCCCCGCCUGAUGCUGGAAUGGAAGGCUUGUUUUUCACUUUUACUGAAGAGCACAGAAAGAUUCUCAAUGAGCUUGUUCGCCAAAAUCCCCGGCUAAUGAGCGGUACAUUUUCGCUCCUAGUUAAGAACCCGAAGGUGCUGGAGUUUGACAACAAGCGGAAUUACUUCAAUCGUCGUAUUCAUUCCCGCGGGUCUGAAGCUAGGCAUCCCCACCCGCCAUUGCAGUUAUCUGUACGCAGAGACCAAGUUUUCCUGGACUCCUUUAAAUCAUUAUAUUUCAAGAGUGCAGAAGAGAUGAAGUAUGGUAAACUUAAUGUGCGUUUCCACGGAGAAGAGGGGGUCGAUGCUGGAGGAGUUACCCGUGAAUGGUUCCAAGUCCUUGCCCGUGGAAUGUUCAACCCAAAUUAUGCUCUAUUUAUUCCCGUCGCUUCGGAUCGUACGACAUUUCACCCCAAUCGCCUCAGUGGAGUUAACCAGGAACAUCUGAUGUUCUUCAAGUUUAUUGGGCGUAUUAUUGGCAAGGCUUUAUAUGAAGGUCGGGUUCUUGAUUGUCACUUCAGCCGUGCCGUCUACAAACGCAUUCUUGGGAAAUCGGUCUCGAUCAAGGAUAUGGAAACUCUUGAUCUUGACUAUUACAAAUCACUUCUCUGGAUGCUAGAAAACGACAUUACCGAUAUUCUUACCGAGAACUUUUCAGUUGAGGUAGAGGAUUUUGGUGAAAAGCAAGUCAUCGAUCUUAUCGAAAACGGACGUAAUAUUCCAGUCACUCAGGAGAAUAAGGAAGAGUAUGUUCAACUGGUCGUUGAGCACAGAUUAGUCGGCUCUGUUAAAGAACAGCUGGAUAAUUUCUUAAAGGGUUUCCAUGACAUUAUACCCGCAGACCUAAUUUCCAUUUUCAAUGAACAAGAAUUGGAGCUGCUGAUAUCCGGGCUUCCCGAGAUUGAUGUUGAUGAUUGGAAGAGCAAUACCGACUACCACAACUAUUCUGCUUCGUCUGCUCAGAUACAGUGGUUCUGGAGAGCCGUUCGCUCGUUCGAUAAGGAAGAGCGUGCCAAGUUGCUUCAGUUUGUCACAGGGACCAGCAAAGUUCCCCUUAACGGCUUCAGGGAACUUGAAGGUAUGAAUGGGUUUAGCAAGUUCAAUAUCCACAGGGAUUACGGUAAUAAAGACAGAUUGCCAAGUUCACACACUUGUUUCAACCAACUUGAUCUGCCGGAGUAUGAAAGCUAUGAAACACUCCGACAACGCCUCUACAUAGCAAUGACAGCUGGUAGCGAAUAUUUCGGAUUUGCACUCGGUAUCGAGUUGACAAGGGUUAUGGUACUGCAGUACUCGAAUCAGGAAACCAGUGUGACUAUUGGAGAAAGUGUCAGAGACGAAGAUGUUUUUAUUUUGCAAUCAACACGACCUAACGACAUCAACGAUGGCCUCAUGGAGUUACUGAUUAUGAUCAACGCCUGCAAGACUGCCUCAGCAAGACGCAUUACUGCUGUUAUUCCUAAUUUUCCGUAUGCCCGCCAAGACAAGAAAGACAAAAGUCGUGCGCCCAUUACGGCAAAACUCAUGGCCAAUAUGCUUCAAACAGCCGGAUGCAAUCAUGUCAUUACUAUGGACCUACACGCCUCGCAGAUCCAAGGGUUUUUUAAUGUGCCCGUAGAUAAUCUCUACGCUGAGCCAAGCAUGUUGCGCUGGAUUCGGCAGAACCUUGACGUGACCAAUUGCGUUAUUGUUAGCCCUGACGCAGGCGGCGCCAAACGAGCAACGGCUAUUGCAGAUCGGUUGGAUCUUCAGUUUGCUUUGAUCCACAAGGAGCGACCUCGCCCAAACGAGGUCUCACGCAUGGUCCUUGUUGGAAGUGUCAAGGACAAAACCGCCAUCAUUGUCGAUGACAUGGCCGAUACUUGUGGUACACUGGUAAAAGCGGCCAGCACUCUUAUUGACAACGGCGCGAAAGAAGUACUUGCAAUUGUUACGCACGGGAUUCUUAGCGGGAAGGCCAUAGAGACGCUCAAUACUGGUCGGUUAAGCCGCAUUGUGGUCACCAAUACCGUCCCGCACGAGGAGAAGAAACUGUUGUGUGACAAGAUUGAGACGGUUGACAUCAGCCCCGUAUUAGCAGAGGCUUGUCGACGAACGCAUAACGGAGAGUCAGUGAGCUUUUUGUUUUCGCAUGCGGUGUCAUAG